AUGUUAAAACUGAUAAAUUACCAACCCUUUACAGUGAAAAAAGGGCCCAUUCUAUCAGGAAAUCAAGAAUCUGUGUCCGUUCCGGACUACUGGGAUCCUCAGGCACGAGAUAAGAGUGGCAAAGAAGUGGCCGUACAUCUUGUAACUCUUAAUCCUAAUAAUCCCAGGCAACAAAAGGAGAACAAAAAUAUCUCCGAUCAUUUUUAUCAGACAGCAGGAAAUCAACGAAUUCAACAUAUCCAGCGAGUUCAGAACCCAUCAUUGUUUAAGCAGUACCUCAUGAAAAAACAAAGUUUGGACGAGAAAAUUGGCAGUAAUGAGAAAUUCUUGUUCCAUGGAACGAGAGGUGACAAAGUAAGAGAAAUUAACAAGACAGGUCUUAAUAGGAGUUACGCUGGAAAUGCCCAUGGAGCAGUUUAUGGUAGAGGUGUUUACUUCGCUUUGAUGUCUGUCGGUUAUGCUCAAACAUUGGUUUUGACGGGACAAAGAUACAUUAUGGUUGUACCACCGCGGAAAGGAGGCAAUGAUUCUUACGAUUCUGUCGUCAACAAUGUAGCAAACCCGACAAUCUUCGUUUUGUUUUAUGACAAUCAGUAUUAUCCAGAAUAUUUGAUCACUUUUGUUUAA